AAGAUGCUGCUGCUUUGGAUUGGCUUGCUGGGAGUUUACAGUGCUCGAGGAGCCCAGGUUUAUAUGCAGUUUAAUGGGCAAGGAUACUCGUACAACACGGAUAGCGAGAGGGUGGACAGGAGUAUCGUUACCCCUGGUUAUGGUGCUUCUUCCCUGGAAACCUUUGGUCCUUUGCAGUUUGUGCAGCAGGCUCUGAGAACCAGACAUAACCCUCUGCCGACGAUCUCCUAUAACACCCAGGAUAACCUGGCAAUGGCAACCUCCUCGCUGAGCAGUGGCUACCAUCCAGCCUUAGUUACUAACAACCUGAAGCCCCAGCACAGCCGCCAAAACUUUGAUUUCAGCACCGACCAGAUGUCACAUGCCCAGCACACCGAUGAGUCGGGAAACGUUUUGGGCAAGUACUCCUACUACGAUGAGGCUGGCUACCAUGAGCUGAGCUACAAGGCGGGCGCCGGCAUCGGUUUCGUUGUCAUGGGUGGCAAUUUGGCCAAGGCCACCGCCGCUGAACCGCACUCGGAAAUCGAAAUCGGAAACGGAAUCCAAACAAAUGCCUUGACAAGCCUGCAAGAGUUGCAUAAAUAUCGUGGCUACACGUAAAUAAACAAAUUACCUGAA